AUGAGCACAAAUUCAGGCGACGACAUCCUCUCAAUGUCGCGUCUAGGUCGAUUCGAACGGUCGAUGGAGUCCAUCUACGGCAGUUUUGCCGACAUCACGGAUCCAGAGAAGUGGACGCCGCCUGCGAAAUCCGGGGGUCAUCGCGGCCGAUAUCUCUGGACGGAUGCUUUCGGGGUGAUCAAUUUCAUCACUUUACAUCAAGAAUGGACGACAUCCUCGGCGACAGGUUCAAGUAAUACCGACAAAUAUAUAACCCUCGCCCGCCGUCUCGUCGACACAGUGCACGACGUCCUCGGCCACACGCGAGAUGGAAAAGCCCGUCUCCCCGGCGCAACAGACGAGAACCCUCUCGGCGGCGGCCUACGCAUCGGCAAACUCGACGAAACCGGCGUCGACGGCGACGGCCAGUACCAUCACUACCUGACCGUCUGGAUGUUCGCUCUCAACCGCCUCUCGCUUGCCACCGGCGACCCGGCGUACAACCGACAAGCCAUCGCACUCGCCAAAGCCAUCCACCCACGAUUCUUCGUCAACCGCGAAUCAACUCGGCCGCGGAUGGUGUGGAAAAUGAGCAUGGAUUUGUCAAUUGCAUUGGUCCCAUCAGAAGGCAAUCUCGAUCCGAUUGAUGGAUACGUCAUUUACCGGCUCCUGCAGGCGUCGGCGUUGGCAGCCGGCGAGAAGAGCGUAGGCUUGGGCUUGGACGGGGAGAUAGCGGAUUACAAGCGUGUUAUGGAACGAAAAGGAGAGCAUUUUGUUUCUACCGAUCCGCUUGACUUGGGAAUGACGCUGUGGACCACGCACUGGUUUUCAGAUCGUGAGAGCUGGGCUUCGAAACUGGCCGGGCGGUGUUUCCAGCAGAUAUACGAGCUUUUUGAAAUCGACCGCUAUCUCUCCCGCAAUAUCAAAUACCGUCUUGCGUUUCGCGAGUUCGGGACUAGUUUAGGCGUUCGCUGCCACUCGGAAAGAUCGCCGGAUAAAGAGCGAGCGGUGGAUUUGAAGUCGUAUGCAGAUGCAAUUCUGGCGUCGUGGGAGCCGUAUAUGGAGGUAUCGUUGUCGCCUGAAAAGGCCGAGCUAACCCCCGAAGAUCUGCGGCCAAUUACGAGGGUGAUGUAUUCGUCUGCUUUGAUUCCAGGAGCGUUCCGGGCUGGAUACCUUGGUCCGGAGCCUAAGACAAUUCCUUAA